GAAACGUUUCAGAUUUCGUUUUGUUCUCCGACUGCGUGGGCGGAGAUGGUCAUCUGAUGCCACAUGAGCAAAUCACGAAACUCAAGUCACUCACACAGAUACAGGGGGGAACACAGUUGGAUGUCUAAUUGAUGCUGUGAUGGGAGGACCAAAGAAACACACUCCUGCAGGAGUCUGAAAAUCUCACUGUCUCCUGACGCAAUUUUCCAGUUCUGUGUUUUGAGGAACUUGUAUUUCUAAAAAGAGCAGGCGCAGCAGUUUUGGUCUGAGGGCGUGAUGCCUUUUAUGUGCAGAGCACAGUUUUCACAGUGCUCACAUCAGCCCACAUCAUAUUUUCCGCACUAUAAGGCGCACCGCAUUAUAAGGUGCACCUUCGAUGAAUGACGUAUUUUAAAACUGUUUCCAUAUAUAAGGCGCACCGCAUUAUAAGGCCCUACAGUAGAAGCUGGGGUUACGUUAUGCAUCCAUUAGACCAAGGGUCGGCAACCCUUUUUUUUCUCUUAUUGCCCUCAAUAAAUUUAUCUAUAAAAAAAAUAAAAUAAAUCCAGGUCAUUCCAGGGUCUUAUACUACCCUGUUAGGCUUGCAACUGGGGCUGGGGAGCUAAAACCCUUGAAUAAGAACUGUUUUGCACAGCUUCUUGCGUGUGCUGGCACUCCAGUGUAGUUAAUUUUGCCUGGAGUGAGGAGACCCAUCCAAUAUGGCGGCCACGCUGGAUUAUGUUCCAGCAUGUCAUGAGGCGUCUACGUAUGUAUGUCUAUGGUUGCGAGACCUGUUGCGGCUCAAUAUUGAUCCAUAUAUAAGGCACACCAGAUUAUAAGACGCAUGGUCAGUUUUUGAAAAAAUUGAAGGCUUUUAGGUGUGCCUUAUAGUGCGGAAAAUACGGUAGCAUGUUUGUUUUUUCUAUGAUGAUACAUGUGCUGUGAAGUGGGAAAUAAAAUAAUCUAAGCCGUUAUUACAGAAACAUUUUUUCCUUGUGAGAAACUAAAAUUAUGGAACUAAAGUUCUUUCAUCUGACAUCUGCGAAAUGUUUGUUGUAAAUCUGAAAGACUUUUGAUGAUUUAUCUUCAUUGAUUUUUGAGCUCAUUGUGUUUCAUCUAAUCUGUCUUUGAUCUUUAGCUCGAACAACUCCCCACACACUCGCAUAACAAUCCUCUCCGUAUUAUGUGUGAAAGCCACAGGGUGAAAUAGUGCCGGGACUGCCUCAUGAGUUGGGCUUCCCCUGUUUUCUGGUCCCCACCAACCCCCUCCUCCCAGCAUCAGUGGGAUGUCCCAGGUGUGUCUCCUCUUGGCCUUGCUCAUGCUCUGCAGCUGCUCAAAGGUCUCCUCUACUAACUCACUGGAGCUUGUGAAGGAGCAGUGGAGCCAAUACAGAAACCAGUGCUUGGAUGUCAUCAACGCCACGCUCCCUGCCACAGGGUUGGUGUGUAACAGGACCUUCGAUUUGUAUGCCUGCUGGUCUGAUGGACUUCCAGGAACUACUGUCAAUGUGUCCUGCCCAUGGUUCCUGCCAUGGUACAGCAAAGUUCAGCGGGGUCUGGUCUACAGAGUCUGCAGUGAAGAUGGUAAAUGGGGACACAAGAAUACCAGUGAAUGUGAGGACGACCCGGGUGAGCAGCAGUACGGUCGCAUCCUCAAUCAGUUACGGAUCAUGUACACAGUGGGAUACUCGCUAUCACUGGGAGCACUGCUGCUGGCGCUGGGAAUCCUCAUCAGCUUCAGGAAGCUUCACUGUAUGAGGAACAACAUCCACAUGAACCUGUUUGCUUCCUUCAUUCUGAGAGCUGUGUCCAUUCUGGUGAAAGAUGCUCUACUGACCCUCACACUGGACCCGAGGAGCAGCGGUAACCCCCGGACACCGCCGGCCUGGGUCAACGUACCGGCUGUGAUAUGGUGUCGUGGUGCCAUGGUGAUGAUGCAGUACAGCGUAAUGGCCAACAACUAUUGGCUGCUGGUGGAAGGCCUCUACCUUCACAGCCUCCUAGUCAUCACCGUCUUCAGCGAGAAGAAAUACUUCCACAUUUACCUGGCCAUCGGCUGGGGUGCACCACUCAUAUUUGUGCUGCCGUGGAUAACAGUGAAAUAUCUGUAUGAGAAUGAGGAGUGCUGGGAGAGGAACAUUAACAUGGGGUACUGGUGGAUCAUCCGCUGUCCCAUCCUGUUUGCUUAUCUGAUUAACUUCUUCAUUUUCAUCCGAAUAAUUAAAAUCUUGAUGUCUAAACUUAGAGCUCACCAGAUGAGGUACACUGACUACAAAUUCAGACUGGCAAAGUCCACCCUGACUCUCAUCCCCCUGCUCGGGAUUCACGCCAUCCUCUUCACCUUUGUCAUCGACGAGUCCGUCCCUAAAGGCUCCAUGCUUCGGCUCAUUCGCCUCUUCUGUGACCUUCUGUUCAACUCCUUCCAGGGCCUGCUUGUUGCCAUCUUGUACUGCUUUGUCAAUAAAGAGGUUCAGUCAGAGAUGCUGAAAAAGUGGAAAAGGUGGAAACUGGGUAAGGACAUUGAUGAAGAGUACCGCCACACACACAGCCACACACCCCACAUGAAGAGUGGCAGCAUCGCCACUGGGAAUCUGCCAGAUCUCCAUGACAACAAUGUAAGCGACCCAAGCAGUGACUCACCUCGCCUGAACAAAGCUGAGAUCAGGCCAUCGUGCUCCGCUGCUCCUGAGGAGAACCGCAGACUCGUUGUCUGCUACAGCAACGGCACAGGGAAAGGUAGACACAAGAGCAGACACACCCUGCAGUUCUCCUUCCGGCCACAGCGAGGCGCCACCAGCCACGCCAGGACGACAUCAGAGAAUGUAUGCUUGGAGGAGCAGGUGCAGUACUGCUCUUACCCACAGGAAGGAGAGGAAACCAGCGUCUGACCUCAAGAACUCUAGACAAGAAAGUUAUGCUGAAAAAACCCCAACAUGGAACACGAUGUUUUAAACUGUCCAGAUGCAAACUGAUAUUUAUCAGCUUUGUAAGGAUUAAAGCACUUGAACUGAUUGAACAAGUUAAAACGUAACUACAGCAGAGUUCAUAGCUUGUAUGCAUGCAGUCUAUGCGUGCGCAUACUGUAUGGAAGCCUACCGAACCAACUCCAAACUACGCUGUUGUGAGACAUCCACACAUAUGUCUGGCACCUGUUUGUGUUACUCCUUUGGUGGUUUUAAAAGACUGCUCCAGCUUGCAUGACGCUACAUCUUGUUCAUGGAAGCACCAGCAUCAGCAGGACCAGCAGGCUCACUGGAGACCAGUGAAUCAUCCCACUCAAUGACGAGUUCUUCAUGCUGAGACAGCCUCACUGGAGAUGGCUGGUCUCGAGUUCACAAAAGACUGUGCUAUUGUAUUUGAUUAUUACGUUUUAUUGUUGUAAAAUAAAAUCACAGAUGCCAAAUUAAAACUUGAUAAUACUGUAUAUCAGUGGUUUUACAUCAACUGGGUGAAGCAUCAAUUCCAUUAUUCAUGCGUUUCCUAUUUUUUUAUACCGAUUCUCUAAUUUUAAACAUGGAAUGGAGAAACAGAAGUGAAAAUCUUUAAAUUAACUGUAUAUGUGUAAUUAACAGUACAUAUUAUUUCAUAGUAUUUGAAUUUACAAGAACUUAAUCUUAAUUUUUGUCCACAAGGACAAGUAAGAGCCAAAAUUCAACCAGCGAUUGAGCCUCAUUAUUUUAAAGCCAGUUUGAUUUAAUUUUUUUUAUUAAAGCCGCACAAAGAAGGAAUUGCAUUUUUUUUUUUCAAGGAAUACUGCAAUAAUCUCUGGCAUGACAACACCGCCCACCAAUUACUCUUGUUUGAUCUCACAUUUUUUCUUCUCAUUACUUUCUCUCGGUCACCUCUGCCAUGAUGCCCCCACUAACUGUGAGAUAGUUUUGAUUAGAGUUAUUGUUGAUGAUUGACAUAAAGCCAUGAAUGUAAUGUAGUUAUCCCAAGAGACGACAGUGACAGGAGUCCAGAGUCACUUUGGGUGGUUAAUACUAAAAACAGGGUAGGUGGCAUGUCUAAAACUGAUCCAAUGUUUAUACAAAUGAAACUGAAACCAAUAUUUAACAUGAAUAAAAUCUCCUUUGUGCUGCUUUAAAUUGAAAAUUGUCACAGAUUGCCAUCAUCACAUUAUUUCAGCCACUGAUCAUGCAGUUGCAUGUCUUUGCCUGUAAAAUCCAUUAUGCAAAGACAAAAAAUGUUAUUAUGUAGAUCAUACAAAAGUUUGCUUUCAGGAUAUUGUUUUGAAAAAAGCCUGGCUUUAUCAAAAAAUAACUGUAUGUAUUAUUUAUUUUUUUUGUUUUUCUUGCCAAUGCAAUCAGAAAGCAAAUUGUGCAGUCUGAACCGACUUUAUUUCGUGCUGUGAGGAAUGAACUGGUACCAGCAAAAAUGUAGACUUCCUGAACAUGACCUUUUAAACGUGGACAGAAAACUGCUCUUGUGUCACAGUGUUGGAGCAUGUCCUGGACGGUGUAAAUACUUGUGUUGGAUAUUUUAAAGACAGUGCCAGGUGGGUGGGAAGAUGUGCUCUGUGUUUUUUGCUCUCAGUGCAGUUGGCUCAUAAAUAAAAUAAUGAAUCAUUAUUUUAAGAAAAAAAAAUUCGUAUUACCGUACAUGAUUGUACCUAUCAGAUCCUGCCUCUCUGCUGAAAAUGUCAAGGUGUCAGAAGGUGCCUAAAAUAUAAAAGAAAAAAUAUCAGUGACAGGAGUCAAAAAAGUUUUGUAAAAAACAAAACCACUGUGUUACAUUUGUCUCUGUGGAUCCUAUUAAAGUGAACUCUGUGAGCAAAGAAAGACUAUAUAUUGUGUCUUUUUAAAAUCGGUUGUAAUUCCUGUCCAGACUCAGGUACAUUUGACAGGUUUGUAA